AUGACAUACGUCCGGCGACGCCCCGGCCUAACGGCUGACCAACGACGUCCCGCGACAACUCGUGACAUUCUCUGGCUCACCAUCAACAAUACGACGAUAGUCAACUGCUACCGACAGCCUGACUUCGACGCGGCUCUUAACAUACUCCUAGCCUGGAGCCCGCCCAGCAGGUGCUUGGUCGCGGGAGACUUCAAUGCGAAACACUACAGCUGGCAGACCGGUCGUCUCGACGGCCGAGGAGACGACAUCGCUCACUGGGCAGCAGAGAAUCGUCUCAGCCUGCUCAAUCCGACCGAUGUGCCCACAAACCCGCAUGGGAAUACCAUAGACCUUGCCUUCUCGAACGUACCGCUGUCCGAGGCAGUCGUGGAGGACCAUCUGGCUACAAGCUCCGACCAUUUCACGCUUAGCAUAGCUCUUCCUGAGGUGGGCGUAGCGCCAAUACCACCUGGAAAAGUCCGCGUCACGACGGAAGACGAGAUCAAGCGGUUCGUAGAUCUCGUCCAGUAUGGGUCAGUGGACAUUCCAGCUCCGAUGACAACUACCGACGACCUUGAUGCUCUUGCAUCCGCCCUGGUGCGCCUCCUCCAAGCGGCGGCGAAGGUCGCCGGUCGCCCCGUCCGAAAGCAAGGCCGCAGCGCCCCAUGGUGGACCGAGGAAUGCCGCCUCGCCGCAGCGGAAUACCGCGCGAUCAGAAGAGUCUAUCCCCUUGGAUUUUGCCGCGAAGUUCAGCUCGCCAAGAAGGACUUCCAGAAGGUUGUCCGCCGAGCUAAACGGCUAUACUGGCGCAAACUCAUCGACGGCUUCAACGACAGUGCGUCUGUGUUCAAAGCCGUCCGAUGGUUGAAGUCGCCAGGUGCCUUCCAACCACCCCCCCUCGAGGUGGAUGGCGAGGUACACGAAACGCAGCUCGACAAAGCCAAUGCCCUCCGACGAGCCACGUUGGAAAGGCGAACCUCAGAAGACGACAUAGCCGACCCGUGGGUCCCAGUCGCCGCGACUGGAGCGAUACCAUUCUCCCAGGAUGUAUCACUGGCCGAGGUGCAGGAUGCGACCAUCCGCACGGGGAACACAUCUCCCGGCUCCGACAACAUCACUGUUAAGAUGCUCAAAGCGGCCUGGCAUAUCAUCGGCGAACAUGUCCGUCGUCUAUACGAGGGAUGUCUCCGACUCGGUCACCACCCGCAACCAUUCAGGGAGGCAGAGGUGGUCAUGAUAGCGAAGCCGGGUCGUCGGAAUCUGUCGACACCGCGCGCCUGGCGACCAAUCUCGCUGCUCUCCUGCCUAGGCAAGGGUCUUGAGAGGCUCAUCGCACGUCGCCUAGCGUGGGCGUCCAUCCACUAUGGUGUGCUCCAUCCGCAACAAGCUGGGGCCCUGCCGAAGAGGUCCGCUGUCGACCUCGUGGCUGCUCUCGUGCACGACAUCGAAGAAGCGUUCGCUCGCGGACUGGUCGCCACACUGGUGACAAUGGACAUUCAGGGGGCUUUUGAUACCGUCCUCCGCAACCGACUGAUCCUCCGCCUCCGCCAGCAGGGAUGGCCUGAGCAUCUCGCACGGUGGGCUGGCUCGUUUAUGUCAGACCGCUCAGCGUGCGUGCGAUAUCAGGACAUUACCACACCUAGUUCCCCGCUCCACUGCGGGCUGCCGCAGGGUUCGCCCGUCUCGCCCAUCCUCUUCUUGCUCUAUACAGAGCCGAUCUAUCGCCUGGGCAAUCCGAAGGGUCGAUUCGGCUAUGCCGACGAUACCGGUAUCUUAUGCGUAGGAAACUCGCUGGAGAUGACGGCCGACAGGGCGUCGCGGUAUGUCAGCGAGCUCGUAACAUGGGGCGCCGCCAACGGAAUAAGCUUCGACCCUGCAAAAACCGAGGUCAUGCACUUCGGCCGAACCAAACCCAAGGUGUCGCCGCCUAUCUUCCACGAAGGCGAGAGACGCCCGGAAAAAGCGAUGCGCUGGCUAGGUAUCUGGCUUGACAGCACCCUGACGUUCAGGACCCACGUCGAGAAGUGGACAGCCAGUGCGCAAGCCGUGGCACACCAUUUGCGAGGGCUCGCCAAUACCAAACAUGGCCCACUUCCGAGCGCUAUGCAAAGAGCCGUCCGAGCCUGUGUUGAGCCAGUGCUGCUCCACGGCGUCGAGGCCUGGCACCCUGGAUUGAGCAGCCCUCGCUGGAGCCAGCCCACGAAAGAGGGCUCCUCUAGAAUCCAGCAGGUGCUGCGGAAGAUGAACAAGUCGCUUCACAACUCUAUGCGUGCCGUCCUGCCAGUCUGGAGGACGACGCCUAUCGCCGCACUGCAUCGUGAGAGUGGCAUCCCGCCGAUCGCCCAGUUGCUCGAAACUCGCCGGAUGCGCUUCGCGGCCCCCCUUAAGCGUGUGGAUGAGGCACACCCGCUGGCAAAACGCACAAUGCAGCCGAAGCCGCCGACCAUCCAUAGGUCAAUCAAGCUGAAGUACCAGAUGCCUCGCGAGGCUUUCCGGACUAGACUCAGACGCAGCGAUCAACUGCUACCUCGCAGCACACGACCGCUGCUCCUCCCCCGACGUUUCGACGAGCGCGCGACGCCCCUACAGACCGCGUCGAAAGACGAGUCUGCAGAAAACUUCCUGGAAUGGCUCCGGUCUAUCCCACGUGAGACGCUCAUCGUCUACUCAGACGGAUCCCUCUCGACGGAGAAGGCCGCUGGGUACGGUUAUGUGAUUCAUCGCAAUGGGCUCACCUUGACGACUGGCAACGGUCGCCUUGGCCCAGCUGAGGUCUUCGACGCCGAAGCCAAGGGCGCCCUUGAGGGGUUGCGUGCUGCACUGAACCUCCCUAACCCACGACGCAUCUUUGUGUGCCUCGAUAAUCUCGGGGUCGCAACCUGCCUGAGAGGCAUGCCCGCGGACUCUUCUCAGGAAGUGUUCCUCGAGUUUCAGGCUCUGGCCACGACGCAUGGCGUCGCUGAGGUCCGCUGGAUCCCUGGCCACACCAACAUUGCAGGCAACGAGCAGGCGGACGCCUUGGCGAAGGCGGACGCCUUGGCGAAGGCGGCCACCUCCUUGCCCGAAUCCGCAGACGCUCUCCCGACACUCGCUCAUUUGCGUAGGACUGCCCGGCAGCAGUCCAGAGACGCUUUUGAAGCCUGGUGGGACGCCUCUGCACCCGACCAGUACAAGCCACUGCAUCUCAAGCCUGCCACCGGCUGCCCACCAGAGCUAGAGCUCCCACGACCACUGCUCCACCACCUGCUCGCGGCACGGUCUCGUCACGGAGACUUUGCCGACUACCACGAGAAAUUCAACCACGACGACGCGCGGCUGUCAUGCUCAUGUGGCCGACGAAAAGAGCCCAGUCAUCUCUUCUAUUGCCGAAAGAUCCUGCCACGACAUCGGAUGAGGCUGGCACCCUCACCGACUGUGGCAGUCAAUCGUGCAAUAGGCAGAGACUUCGACAAGUUCGUCCAGCUGGCGAAGGCAAGCUCGUUCUUCGAAUGGGCGUGUCCUCGCCACUAG